CCACGGAAGAACCCUAAACCCCAACCCGAGCGCCCCCUCCUGCGUCAUCCUCCAAGCCCUGACUGCAAGAGUGCACGACGAUCUCGGAGCUGCAGAGCUGCACCAAGAAUUUGGGACGAAGCCGUCACAUUGCAGAUCAAAGGUUAGUGGUGGUCCGGCACGGGAAUCAGCUGCAUUUCGAGGGAUUGGACUCGGCAGCUAUAACGGUUUAGAAGACUGUCAGUUGCAGGGUUCUAGCAAUUCGUCAAGGAGUGAAGCAGAUAUGACAGCCAUGGAGGUUGAUUCGGGAACACCAGGAGGGGCUGACAAAGAGAAAAAGAAGUUGUACCUGGUUUCGCCUAUCGCUCGGCCGCUUGCCGGCAAGAAGCUCACGAAGAAGUCCUUGAAGCUGAUCAAGAGAGCUGCAAAAUCAAAGCAGUUGAGGCGAGGUGUGAAGGAGGUCGUGAAGGCCCUGAAGAAGGGUCAAAAAGGGCUGUGCAUAAUUGCUGGUGACAUUUCGCCUAUUGAUGUUAUUACCCAUGUCCCAAUACUAUGCGAGGAAGCCGAUGUUCCCUACAUUUACGUGCCAUCCAAGGAGGAGCUCGGUGCUGCUGGUGCUACCAAGAGGCCCACGAGUUGUACACUUGUCUUAUCCGGUCCUUUGAAAGGGGACUCCUCUGAGGAGGACAAGGAGAAGUUCACCACCGAGUUCAACGAAGUGGUGGAAGAAGUCAAGGAGCUCGCGUCUUCUUUCUUUUGAGACAUCUAGAUGUUACAUAAUCAGAUUUCGUCAGUCGCAGUUUCUUAGCACCACUGCUAACGCAAAGCUGGUACGGACAAUGCUUCCCAGAGUUUAGGAAUCCCCUGGCGUUCAGUCGGUUGUAAUUUAUUUCUUCCAUGAAUGAAUGUGGAUGAAGUUUGGGGUCAGUGAAAUGGGAUCCGAGACACAGUAUAGUUUAGGUACAAGCUCGGCAGCAUCCCUCUUUCAGGUUUGAUCCUGUUGUCCCGUACAAUUGUCCUCUUCACUGAAGUAGUAAGUGCGACUAUGCAAUAAAGCCUAGAACGCCUGGUGCCUCGUAAGGACGGAUGUAGAGAAGACCAGCAGGGAGUAAUGCACCUGCCAGUUGAGGACAUUGUGAGCAGCUUAGUGGAGUACGCCUUCCUGCUGCUCUAAGGCGCAUCACAAAAUUUUGUAAGAUCUAGCUUAGUUUAGCUGACCAGAGUUUGGUUCACCUACGAGGAGUUUCCGUAGGUUACGUAGAGGGAAAAUCUAUUGUGAUCAGGGUAGCUCGGCCAAAGAACUCCUAUGCUGCAUCGUCACAAAAUUCAAUAGUGUCGUGGCACAGAUGCCUUGAAGGUAUGAGACUCGUUGUAACUACGACAUAGCUUUGAAAUACCAUGGCUGACUGCAAGAUAUUCCCUC